UGACUGUGUGGCUCUCCUCUCAUUGCACCCAAACGCGCGCCGGUCGAUUUCUCCUCCGCUCCUCCGAAUCGAGUUCUGAGACUAGAAGUACAUCAAAGAUCAGCGUCAAACUCUGUAGUCCUUACUGUCGGUUCUAGAAGACUUGACCGUUUUUUUGCAUUCUCUAUUUCUUUGAAAGUUGGAUUAGCGCAGCUCGUUCGGCAGGAUAUAGUCCGUUUUCCAGCGGUUCCUCAGAAGAUGACCAGUGGUGAAACUGAGAUAGGGAACAGCGAAAGGAGGUCGAUACUGCCAAAGGUAGGAUAUCCCACUAGCGAAAGGAGAUCGAUGCUGCCAAAGGUAGAGUGGUCCCCAGGUAAAGCCCUCCUAUGAGGUGAGGAUAAGGUGACCCCUGACCCCGCUCACACAGCACCCUUCCACCAGGCAGCAGGACUAAGGGAUGUCACGGGGCUUCCUGCUGCUCACGCUGCUCACAGUCUUCUCCAGCAUCCAAGUGUCCCCAGCUAAGCCAUUAAAGGCGUUGAUGCAGAGAUGGGUGAUGUACACGGAGGAGUGUAGCCGCAAUAACAGCAGAGAACCACCGCUCACUGGUGUUGUGUGUAACAGGACCUUUGACAUGUAUGCCUGCUGGCCCGAUGGACUCCCCAACACUACUGUCAGUGUAUCCUGUCCCUGGUACCUGCCCUGGCACCACAAAGUCCAGCAUGGUUGGGUGUACAGGGAGUGUGAUGCGGACGGCCAGUGGGUUCCCCAGAAGAACACUAGCGAGUGUGAUGCUAAUGAUCCUGCUCAGCCUCACUAUGGUCAGAUCCUCAAGAAGUUCCGGACCAUGUACACCGUGGGCUACUCUCUGUCUCUGGGGGCUCUGGUGUUAGCGCUCGGAGUCCUGAUCACUUUCAGGAAGCUUCACUGUAUGAGGAACAACAUCCACAUGAACCUGUUUGCAUCCUUCAUCCUGCGUGCUCUGUCCAUUCUGAUAAAGGACGCCAUGUUGGAGGCUCCCAACGUCAACAUCGGACAGGACCAGGACAUUACACACUAUGAGGUGGAGUGGCUCGUCAACAACGAGACGGCGGUGGGGUGUCGUAUCGCCGUGGUGAUGAUGCAGUACAGUAUCAUGGCUAACAGCUAUUGGCUGCUGGUGGAAGGCAUCUACCUCCACAACCUGCUGGUCAUCACCGUGUUCACUGAGAGAAACUACUUCAACAUCUACCUGUGUAUCGGCUGGGGUGCCCCGCUCAUCUUCCUGGUGCCCUGGGUGAUGGUGAAAUACCUGUAUGAAAAUGAGGAGUGCUGGGAGCAGAAUAUCAACAUGCAGUACUGGUGGAUCAUACGGUCACCUAUACUGCUAGCAGUUGUGAUUAACUUCCUGAUCUUCAUCCACAUAAUAAAGAUCCUGGUGUCCAAACUGAGGGCUCACCAGAUGAGAUACUCCGACUACAAGUUCCGGUUGGCUAAGUCUACCCUAACCCUGAUCCCUCUACUAGGGAUCCACUUGGUGGUGUUUGUCUUCGUGACGGAUGAGUCCACCGAGGCCACCAUCGCCCUGCGUCUCACCAAACUCUUCAUCGACCUCUUCUUCACCUCCUUCCAGGGUCUGCUGGUAGCUAUCUUAUACUGCUUUGUCAACAAAGAGGUCCAGUCAGAGAUCCUGAAGAAGUGGAAGCGUUGGAAGCUGGGUCGUAACAUUGAGGAGGAGUACCGCCACACCUAUAGCCAGACGCCCCACCUCAACACUAAGAGCAGCAGCCUGCUGGGUCACGGGCACGCUCUCAGGGGUCACGAUCCCUCGCACCCCUCCUCCCUGCUCCUCCACCCCUACCUCCCUGACAUCACCACCUCCUCACCUGCUCCCCCUGGCCAGGGCCCAGGCUGCUCCCCAGAGGAGAAGCACCUCCUGGUGGUGAGCUGUCAGAAUGGCAUGGGGCGGAGCAGGAGGAACACGGGGUCGUCCAUGCAGUUUCCCUCCCUACCACGUGAGGGCACCAUCAGCUGUAGUCACACACUGAUAGAGGAUAAUAUGGAUGAUAUCUGCUUGACGGACAGGGUGUCAGAGUGUUACGAGGCUCCUAGAGGAAAUGCAGAGAGCCACCUGUGAGACUGGAGAGGAUGGGGAAGAUUAAUAACGUAACACCAUGGUAACUACAGCAGAAACUGGAGAGGACGGGGAAGAUUAAUGACGUAACACCCUGGUAACUACAUCAGAGACUGGAGAGGAUGGGGAAGAUUAAUAACGUAACACCCUGGUAACGACAGCAGAAACUGGAGAGGAUGGGGAAGAUUAAUGACGUAACACCCUGAUAACUACAGCAGAGACUGGAGAGGACGGGGAAGAUUAAUGACGUAACACCCUGGUAACAAUGGAGCUGGGCAGUGUGUUUCAGAAGAGGUGUGUUUCUCAAUGGCCGUCACCCUGGACCAAUGUUAAUGAGCGAGAUGGCCUUGACAGACCCAGGACCAGUGUGUGUCUCAAUGUUUGUAUCGUCACCCUGAAACAGUGUUAGUGGGAGAGAGACACCUACUCGAUCCUCUCCAAUCUACAGCCAAAUGAGAGAAACAUAGGACAAGCUAGACCUCCCAUGUUGGACCCCUCUGACCCAGACCAGUCCUCCAUGUUGGAACCCUCUGACCCAGACCAGACCUCCCAUGUUAGACCCCUCUGACCCAGACCAGUCCUCCAUGUUGGAACCCUCUGACCCAGACCAGACCUCCAUGUUGGAACCCUCUGACCCAGACCAGACCUCCCAUGUUAGACCCCUCUGACCCAGACCAGACCUCCCAUGUUGGAACCCUCUGACCCAGACCUCCCAUGUUAGACCCCUCUGACCCAGACCAGUCCUCCAUGUUGGAACCCUCUGACCCAGACCAGUCCUCCAUGUUGGAACCCUCUGACCCAGACCAGACCUCCAUGUUGGAACCCUCUGACCCAGACCAGACCUCCCAUGUUGGAACCCUCUGACCCAGACCUCCCAUGUUAGACCCCUCUGACCCAGACCAGUCCUCCAUGUUGGAACCCUCUGACCCAGACCAGUCCUCCAUGUUGGAACCCUCUGACCCAGACCAGACCUCCAUGUUGGAACCCUCUGACCCAGACCAGACCUCCAUGUUGGAACCCUCUGACCCAGACCAGACCUCCCAUGUUGGAACCCUCUGACCCAGACCAGUCCUCCAUGUUGGAACCCUCUGACCCAGACCAGACCUCCCAUGUUGGAACCCUCUGACCCAGACCAGACCUCCCAUGUUGGAACCCUCUGACCCAGACCAGACCUCCCAUGUUGGAACCCUCUGACCCAGACCAGACCUCCCAUGUUGAACCCCUCUGUCGUCCUAUGACAGUGGAUGUCCUGCGAGCCACAUGGAUUGAUAUGUGUUUUCUCUUCAACAGACAGUCAGACAGACAGCAUGGACUCACUGCUGCAGGACUCACUGCUGCUACAGGACUCACUGCUGCAGGACUCACUGCUGCUGUAGGACUCACUGCUGCUGCAGGACUCAGUGCUGCA